AUUUAAUUGGCCAUGUGUUGCCUGAUUAAUGCGUCCCUUAUCAGUUUUUGCGUUUAGAUGACCACUCGGUUCUUUUCUGAGUACAGUGUUCACCCACAUAAAAUGAUAAAGGUUAUGGCAGUCUGGGGCUUAAUUCAGUUUGAAAAAUGCAACUGGGGAUGUUUUUAUUAUUUUGCUGCAUUUCUUUAAUGUUUAAAGCUUUUGGGGAUAAAAAAAAAAUUGAAAACAAAAAAAUGUAAUCAUAUAUUUGUCCUUGUACUUUCAGCAAAAAAGUGCUUAAGGUAUGCUAUAAUGAACAUGGCAAUAUAUGCUAUAAGAGUUUCCAACAAUAGUGGGUUUACAAUAACCUUGAACCUUUUUUGUGACAUGAUUCACAAACACCAACCCAGCUGUGAUUGGCUACAGAAUGACCAGGAGCUGACUGCAGUCAGGUCAUCUCUUGUGUGAGACUGUGUUCACAUCAGACUGGCAAAGUCUGACAAAUACCCAGCAUGAAGCAAACACUGCUCCUGCUAUGUUUCCAAUGCUUUGCACAUGGCCUUGUAAGGGUACCUCUGUCAAAGAUGUUGUCUCUGAGGAGUCAGUUACGAGCCACUAACCAGCUGGAUAACUUCAUGAUGAACCACCAGGUGGAUAUUUUCUCCCGGCGCUAUUCGCAGUGUUACCCACCCACCUUAGUGUCUCUCAGACUGGGCAAAGCCUCGGAGAGACUGUACAACUUCAUGGAUGCACAGUACUUUGGGCAGAUCAGUCUGGGAACACCAGAGCAGAACUUUACUGUGGUGUUUGACACCGGGUCCGCGGACCUGUGGGUCCCCUCCUUCUAUUGCGUCAGUCAAGCAUGUGAGUCACACAAGAAGUUCAAGGCCUUUGAGUCGAGCACCUAUGUUCACGAUGGCCGAGUGUUUGGCAUCCAUUACGGCUCUGGACACAUGAUGGGCAUACAGGCUAGAGACAUGCUCAGGGUGGGCACAAUGACCCUGGCGAAUCAGAACUUCGGCGAGUCAGUGUACGAACCAGGCAGUUCCUUCGUCAUGGCCAAGUUCGAUGGGGUUUUGGGCCUGAGUUAUCCCACUCUGUCCAAGGAUCUUGGGCUGCCUGUCUUUGACAACAUGAUGAACCAGAACAAAGUGGACCAGCCCGUCUUCUCCUUUUACCUCAGCACGAAUGCGAGUAAUGGUUUUGGCGGGGAGCUCUUGCUGGGGGGUGUGGACGAAGAGCUCUUUGUCCCUCCUAUCAACUGGGUCCCAGUCACCCUAAAAGGCUACUGGCAGAUCAAAAUUGAUGAAGUGAAGCUUCAGGGGACUACUACUUUCUGUCGUAGCCACAGUUGCCAGGCAAUUGUUGACACGGGAACCUCUCUCAUCUCGGGGCCGACUUUUGAAAUCCAGAUCCUUCAGCAGCUCAUUGGAGCUUCCCCUACAUCCAUUGGAGAGUAUGUGGUAAAUUGUACUAGAAUCAGCAGUUUGCCUGUGGUGUCUCUUGUACUUAAUGGAGUGGAGUAUUUCCUUACUGCAGAGACAUAUGUGAAAAGAGAUAUAAUAUAUAAUAAAGAGAUCUGUAUCAGUGGAUUCCAAGCAACAGAUGUGUCAUCUUCAGUGGGGCAUAUGUGGAUUCUGGGGGACGUUUUUCUUUCUCAGGUCUACAGCAUUUAUGACAGGGGUCAGGAUCGAGUUGGCUUUGCUCAAUUCUCUGACAAAGUCAAAAGGUCAGUCUAAUGAUUAAUGGAAAGCUGCAGUGCUCACCAACAUCCUGGUGGAAAUGAGCAUCAAGCCCAAAAUAUGUUUGAAUAAAAUU